GCAUCGCCAGCCUAGCAGUGUCUGUCUGCUCAGUGGCUGCUGCUAUGGUGCAUGGUUAGUGGUCACAUUAACGUCCCACGGUUGGUUUAGACUUAACGGCGAGUAGAGAGUCGCAGGAAGUAAACAAAACAAAAAAGGACUUAAAAAGCGUUGGAGAAUAUGAACAAAGUGGACGCGCCAUGCAGACCCGCCGCCGCCUCUCUCAAAUUCACUAUUGACAACAUCCUCAACCUCAAGACGAGCGGGAGGAACUGUGACAGCUGUCACCACCACCACCCCGCAGGGCUGCAGGAUGAGUCGGCCUGCAGGGCGACGCGUAAAGACGCUCUCCAGAGGCACCACGAGGAGCACAUAGUAACCCAGCAGCAGAGACAGGACCCGGGCAGCAGGCUCAAUCACAAAGAGUUGAUCACAGACUGCACCGGAACGUCGGAGUCGGUCGUCAUCAGCCGCAGCGGAGACGCGCAUAAAGUGACUGAGGAGGCGCGCUUCGAGAGCGGCGACAGCAGCUGCGACGACAGCAGCUCCACCACCACCACUACCACCACCACGGCGACCACGGACACCCACAAGGGGGGCAGCAAGAAAAGCAAAAUCAUCACGAAAAAGAAGACGCGCACUAUUUUCUCCAAGAGACAGAUCUUCCAGUUGGAGUCUACCUUCGACAUGAAACGCUACCUGAGCAGCGCAGAGCGCGCCUGCCUCGCGAGCUCCCUGCAGCUCACGGAGACGCAGGUGAAAAUAUGGUUUCAGAACCGCAGGAAUAAGUUGAAACGGCAAAUCUCCACCGAGAUCGACGGACCUGUUAGCGAUUACCCCGAGACUGUGAAGCCGGUGUCGGUGGGUCAGCUGCCGGCCUUGUACAAGGAGAGCAACCUGCUGGGCAGAUGCCUGCUGCCCAUGCCUCUACCCAUCGUCUACCCGGGCAGUAGCACGCCUUACCUCUGCUUCACUAACGCCAGCAAGUACUUCAGCCUGUACGAUGGGGACGUAUGAUGCUUUCAUUCAUUCCCCAAGUGAAAAGAGACACUUUUUGGUGGUCUGUUGCCAAGUUUCAAGCAUUUAAAAGGUGCUGCGGCCUUACUGUUUAUGAAGACUGCGAGUACAACGACAGAGGAGCAGUUAACAUAUCACUUCAAAAAUAAGCUGAUUGGGUAUUAUUUAUUUUUCAGUCACAACCAUGCGUUUUGUAGGCCUGAUACUAAUAAAACAGAGCCGUGUUUAGGAAGGCUAAGCUAAUGAUAGCCUGAGGGAGGCCUAAAACAAUAUCAAUCCCAACAUUUUAUUGUUUACAUGACAUUAUUAUUAUUAUUAUUAUUAUUAUGAUUAUUAUUAUCAUCAUCAUCAUCGACAGCAGCAUUUUCAGCAGCCUAUAAGCCACCAAAGAAAUUACUAUAGCCUAGCUAUUUGCAUGCAUUUUCCUGUAUCAUAAUGAAUUUUUGAAUUUACUGAAAUUAUCUAUGUAUUUAAAUGAAUGUAAUUAACAUUUUAUUAUAUGUUUCACGCAUGUCUAUUUUUUUUCUUCUGAGCAUCAUACUAUUCUUACUUUAUUCAACGUUUGUCUAUA